GCUUGUACUUAGCCAUCAUCUUCCAAGGGUGCAUCAAUGGCAGAAGAUUACAAAAAAGAAUGGACCUCAACCGGGCAGGCUCCGCUAUCUCACACGGGUUAAAUGAUUUUUCUGCCCCAUCGGAAACCGAGCCCUCCAUGUCAAGUUUGGGUAGCGUAUUUCACUCUGGAGAAAAAUCUGCUAGCCCUUCUCAGGGAAACGAGCCAAUCAGUGAGAUUGGAGCCAUAAAAUCGGAGACCGAAGACUUCAAGGACAAACAGAGCAACGCCUUGGACAACUGGAAGAAGUUGAGCAGCAAAAUUCUAGACUUCAAGACGCGUGCUGAGCACACGGGGGCAUCCUUUCAAGAAUAUCUGAGAGAGCAGCAGGGCAUAACAACUUACUUGGGCCGAAUCGAUGUCUUGGUAUCUGAGAUUUUUGAGGAUACCAUUCCACAUCCAACGCAGGAUCCUGAUCGAGCUCAUAUUUUAAUUACCAAACCAAUCUUCGAACUCAAAACGUUUCUUGAGAAGGACUUUCUGCCUUUCUUGCAACUAAAACAUGAUGAAAGUGUUAGCAAGGUAUUGCACAGACAUGAACUAUGGCUUCAAGAGCACCAGUCAAAAUUAAAUUUGAAGCUCCAGCAAUUGCAGGAAUGCCUGCACUUAUUGCGAGAGGAAGGCGGAAUGGAAGAAAUAGAGAUUAAGUUAGUCGCAGCAGUGCUUGGCGUUCUCGAUAUGUCAUACCAGCAUGCCCUAAUCGACAAAGAAGAAGUGCAAAAUUUCUUCAAUGACGAACGAAUUAUAAAAAUUGUUGGAGAGCACCUCGUUUAUCUCUACGGCGAAAAAUAUCCCAAUUUUUCCAACCCCGCUAACUUCAAACCUGAUAUGGAUUACUUACUGCGAGAUCCGCGCACCUCGCACCUGCAUGCGUGUUUAGAGAUGCUUAACAGACCGACUCAAGGGAAAAUUAUCUACAGAUCAAUUCAAACCGCUUUCGCGGACACUCGACCCAAUGAAGGAGCUUCAGAUGGAAAUUUGUUUUUCAUGAAUGCAUGCACAGGAUUCCUUGAUGAUUCCUUCCUUGAAGAAUUCGAAUGGAGAGAGUCUUCAGAAAGUUCUGAAAUAAAACAUGAUUUGGGACCCAAGCUAGAAAUAGUCUAUACCCAUUUAGCCAGGAUUUAUAACGAGCUUCCGCCUGAUAUUAAUCAGUUAGAAUUUUUAACAGUUUUGCAUUUUUUAAAUUUCUUCAUGACAUACAACGCCAACAAUAUAGAAAAGUUGAUAUACUCAAAUUUCAAAGGAUUCAAGGAUAAAUAUGAUUUAAUCAGUCGCGGGCUCAAAAUACACGAACUACGCAAUGUCAUCUUUUCGAAGGAUCGUCCGGCCGCAUCAAACGCUCUCAUCGGGUUUACUUCUCCAACGAUUUCUCAUGCUAUCUUGGAACGUAGCAUUGGUGCGGUGUCUCCAGCAGAAUACGACCAACAAUUGAAGAAGAUGAAAUCGGAUGCUCAAGCAAAAACCUGGUUGGAAUCUGAGAUAGUCUCUUCGGUUUUGGAACAAAUUCACCAGUCCCGUAUGGGGCUUAUCUCGCCAGAAGAAGUCAAAAAGAAUGAAUGGCUGCAAGACUUUAAAAAGGAUCCCUCAAACGCUCUGACUUCUAGCCCUUCGGAAACAAAUGAAGAUCGUGUUCAAUCAAGCAACCACGCGGACGUUCCGACUGAGAGCUCUUCGGAUAGUCACGUCUCGGGAUUUGGGGCGGGGAGGAUUAUGAGUAAUGUCUACCAAGGUGGGGCAAGCGUCAUCAAGUCAGUCAGUGAGGGUGGGUCGGGGACCAUAAGUUUUGUUGCUCGUGGCGGGGUGCACAAGUCCGUUUUGAAUGGCGCAAAAUACGUCUUGCAAAGUGAAGUGGGGUCCACUGCCCUCGCUGUUCCUCGAGACUACGAGAACCAUUCCCACUGCUUUCGAUAG